AUGACCCCCCUUGGCGCCGACCCUGCCACUCGUCCCAAGCUACCAGUGUAUCGCGAAGGGGAAGAGAUAGCUUCGUAUUUCACUCGUUUCGAACGAGUCACCUCUCUCCUCAAGAUUGCCGUCAGUGAUUAUGCCAUCUACCUAGGAAGCUUGCUUACCGGUAAACUGGCUGAAUUUUACACUUCUUUGUCUGCAGACGUUACAGAAGACUACAGCCAGCUGAAGGUAGCCAUUUUGCAGCACUUCCACCGGACAAGCGACCGCUACCGCAGCGCCUUCCGUUCAGCCAAACUCGGUGCCGGGGAAACAUUCCAACAAUUCUCCACCCUUCUAGGCCGACACUUCGAUCAUUGGCUCGACUCCAGCGAGGUAACUCUCUCCUUCUCGGAUCUCAGGUCCUUUAUGAUCCUUGACCAGUUUAUGGCUUCCGUCCCAGCUGAGUUACGGAUGUUCCAGAAGGAGAACAACAUUCGCACACUAGACGAAGCCGUAAAGCGCGCCGAUAUCUGGGUUUCUGCCCACCGCUACUAUUCAAGGUACCCUUCAGUGACUGAGCCCAACAAACGACCGCUCUCUACUAAACCAUCGUCUUCAAAGGGAUCUCCACCCACUUCAAGGAAAUCAUCCUCAGUUAAGUGCCAUAAUUGUGGAGAGCCAGGCCACAUUAGACCAAACUGUCCUCAAGAUCCUGCAUUAUUCAAACAAAAGCCUAAAUCUGACUCUUCCCCGGGAAAUGUAAAGAUCGCGUCCUGCCUCUCUAAACCUUCUUGUCAACAGUACUACACUACGGGCACCAUCAACGGCUCCAGGGUGUCAACAAUCAUUCGGAAUACGGGAUGCUCCAGGAUUCUAGUGUCAGAGGAAGCCCUGUCCGACGUGGAUGUCUCUCAGCGUGACACCGUUCGCUGCUUCGAGUACUUGGGACGAGCGGAUGACUUCCCGGUGAAGGCGUGUCCUACUCUAGUUGCCCUGCGGAACAAGGCCGCCAAUGGUGAACAAGAUGUCACUCGUAAGGGUUGCACUUUUAGCUAUGAGGUAUCCGAGGACUACUUUACCGGAUUUGCCUUUCGUCAGAUUGCCCGAACCUGCCUGGUCAGAGAUAUUUAG